AUGUUUCUGUUACUCUUCCCCUUAUUCCUCUUUGGUCUUGGAAAGGCAGUUAACGUCAAAGACAAUAAGACACUCGUCUCGGUCACUCGCCGAUCUCCUCCCAGUGGUGUAGUCUCAAUAUCGUCAACCAGAGAAUCGAUUGUGCAUGAUGCUGUUGACGUCAGUGCAAUCCCUCACAUGCUUGCUAACAAUGUGAGCAAUUUGCGUCGGCUCAGUGACAGCCGAUUGGCUGCUGUUGAACGCUGCCUGCAGAACCCACACGCCGUUGACACAUUGGCUAUGAUUGGUGUUCAGAGUGUCGACACUCUGUCCGAGGACUGUCCGGUCAGCUUAGAUGAAGUGAAGGCCUACCUCGAGGAAGCUGGUGACGAGCUUGGUUUGGACGUCUUAUGCGAACCCAAUAUUGAGAUGAGGAUCGUUGAUGGUGUAAAUGAGGCAAGAAUUGCCGAUACAACUGAACAAGUGGCAGGUUGGUUCGGCAACAGUCCCAAGUCCGAUGUGGAUUCGGACGACCCGUUGGCUCGAUAUCAGGACAAUCUGCAGCUGAUAAACAUCGAUGGUGCCUGGAGGAACGUUGACAAUUCUGGCAAGACUCCUCAAGAGAUCAUCCUCGCGAUCGUUGAUACCGGCGUGGAUAGUUCGCAUCCUGACCUCAAGGACCAGAUGUGGACAGCGUCUGAUGGCUCCCACGGCUACAACUUCGUGGAUAACGACGAGAAUACUUCUGACCUGAAUGGUCACGGUACUCAUGUGCCGGUAUUGCGGCAGCUCAGACUGAUAAUGAUGUUGGCAUUGCAGCAUCGCUGA